AGCCCGUCCGAGGCCCUCCUCUUCCGUUCCCCUCUCUCCGCUUCCUCCCUCCGCACCGCCGCCGUCGUCCGCCCUACGCGCCGCCGUCGUUCCUCCUCCUUUCCGACUCAGAUCGACCAUACUCCGCCCGGAUCGAGCCCCAGGCACCACAAAUCGGCGUUCUUCCACUCGAAUCGAGUCCCAAGCGCCCCGGAUCGAGCCCCAAGCGCUCGGAUCUCGCUGGGCAUCCUCUUCCCUCCUCCCCUAGCGCCGCCGUCGAUUCCGUCCUUGAGGUGGAUAAGGGGACUUGCCAGGGGGGAGGGCGAGUGCUAAGAGGCCGUUAACCGUUCCUUCACAAGAACAAAACACAUUCCAUUCCAUUGCCAUUUAUACCUCACAACCUCCUCCAAAUCCCCAAUCCUCCUCUCCCCCCAGAUUUCGUCUCCUCCUCCGGCUUGCUCUCUUCUCCGGCCACGUCCAGGCUUGAUCCGCCUAUUCCAACUCGGGGAACUGCCACGCCGCUGCUGGGCCGGCCAGAUCGCCGGCGCAGCCUUUCAGGACGAGAAAGCAGCUUCAGCACCUGAGGAACCGGCAAAAUGGUUUAUCACUCUAGUUUCGUUGAUGAUGAUGGUAUCACCAAAGCUUGCGGCUGUCCUUUGCUUCCACUAAAAACUCAUAUUAAGGGCCCAGCCCCAGCCUCUGACCCAGAUAAAGCAGACAUAGUUGAUGAAGCCAUAACUUUCUUUCGAGCAAAUGUUUUCUUCAAAAACUUCCGUGUGAAAAGCACAGCAGACAAGUUACUGAUCUAUCUGACAUUUUACAUAAAUAUUGCCUUGAAAAGGCUAGAAGGCUGCAGGACGUUAGCUGUUGGGACUAAGGCGAUCAUUAAUCUGGGCUUGGAGAAAGUUCCUGUGCCUGGGGAACCAGGGUUUCCUUUCCCUGGACUUUUCACUCCUCCCGAGUCCCAGGAGGAAGCAGAACUUUUGAGGAAUUAUUUGAAGCAGAUAAGGGAGGAAACAAGUGGAAGACUGCUCAACUGUGCAUACAGAGCUAAUGGCUUUCCAAACAAAUGGUGGUUGGCUUUUGCGAAGAGGAAGUUCAUGAACAUUGUCAUCCUUUAGACGACAUAGGCAUUUUCAGCAACACGUUAGAGUUGUUUGUAGGAAUCCUGGUUGGUAUCACUUAUGAUUAUGUGAAGUCAAAGUUCUCUACUAAAUUAAAUUAUCUGUUGCAAAUUUGGAUGAAUGGAGAACUCAAGCUGUCAUGUUGUCUAGCCUAUUUUCUCCCCAGUUCUCUCUGAAUCCAAACCUUAAACUGGGCAUAUUCUCAAAUGAUGUGUCUAAUCUAAAAACGAGAUGAUAUUUUGUAUAGAUGUUUUUAAUCUUUUGCCUACUGCAAAUGUGGCAUAUAUAUAUUGUAGUAAUUAUUAA